AUGGCUUCACCAACCCAGCCGACCGGCGCACCAUCCACCCAACCACUCACACCCCCCGCCGAACCCUCCUCCGCGCACACAUCCCAACAACAACCCCAACAACCACCCACAACCAACGGCGCACCCACGCACCCAACAACCACAUCAACCACCCUCCCCGCCCAACCCUCCCAACCGACCCAAAUCCCCUCGACAUCCCUCAAAGACUCCGGCAAAUCACGCCGCCCCCGCGAUGUCCGCCUCAUCCACAUGGUUCUCGCCUCUCUCGGCGUAACCUCGUACCAGGAGCGCGUGCCCCUCCAGCUCCUCGACUUCGCAUACCGCUACACCUCCAGCGUGUUCCACGACGCGGUGCACCUCGCGACAGAAGGCUACGUGGGCGCCGUGGACGCCUCGGGGGCCGGCGCCGCCGCGAAAGGCGCCGACGUCAACGGCGUCUCGCUCCCUGCGCUGCGGCUGAGCAUCGCCUCCAGACUGCACUACCAGUUCCAGACGGGCCUGCCGAAGGAGUUUCUGCUGGAUGUCGCGGCGGAGAGAAAUCGGGUUACCUUGCCGGGGGCGACGCGUGGGUUCGAUGCCGGGCAGCAGGCGAAUAAGCCCGCGGCGAAUCAGAGUGUUUUGAUGGGCGGGAUGAGGCUGCCGCCGGAGAGGUUUUGUUUAACCGGGACCGGGUGGAAUAUGAAG